AUGUCGAUGAACCCCACUGUCUCUCUGCAGACGCUUUCGGCAGCUGAUGGGUUCCUCGCCGGGCUUAUCUAUCUCAGUGCAACAAAACAAGCCACUGCCCAAAACCGAGCCACUGGUCUUUUUACCCCCACAAUCCAAUCGUGGAGAUGCCUCGAGAUGAUUUGGGUCAGUCUCGAAACUGUUCAGAAUCGCAUGUUGGAGCUAGUUCCUAGAUUGAGUCUCCGAGGUAUCGACAAUACCCUUGACUCUUUCAUCAGCCCUAUAAUGUUCUUUCAGGCCGCUGUUUUGUCGCUCCGAAGCUCUUUGAUUGGCCGACCCCCGAGCACUUUGGGGGACGUUGUUGCUCUCCUCUGUCUGUCGCACGUAAUUUUGGGUCAACUACGAAGCAGCCAAAAUUCGGCGAUGAGUAAUACUACACUUAACAUUGAUCAAUGGGGAAGUGCCAUCAGCAUAUACGAUCAUCGACAAGCAUUCGCCAGUCUAAUUCGGGCGUUGUUCCCGGAAAUAACGACCUCGACCCCGCCUUCGAGCUUACUGGACCCUGUAACGGCGGCGGACGCCAACGAUGUUCUGCGCUUAGCCAUGUACCAAGAUACACCUUCUGAACCACCACCUCAAGAAAGAGAGCUCUUGGGCUCUCUUCCGCAAUACAGCGAUGUGGUCCCCAGCUUGCUCAGCCUCAUUGUAUCCCAGCAUACAGACCAAACAGCGUACAACGGCUGUUGCACCUUUGGGGAGACAGGGUUCCAGACUUUAGCUCUGUUAGAUCCACACGGAUCGGCCCUUGUCGCUAACUUUACGCUAUUUCUGGAGCGAUGCGGAGACCUGUUCCAGAACCUUUCCGGGAGUUGCGUAACGGCAAUGAACCAGUACUCACCUUCGUCUGUUCUCAAUCGGGCAAGGCCCCAAAGCAAUGAUGUCAGCUCAUACUUGCAACGCAUGCGACAAGAUGGGUCCUUUCAAGAUCCAUCCUCAAUGGGUAUUCUUUCCAUUGUCGAUACAUUCGUCCAGCUUGGGUACCUGCAAACGCCCAAAGAUGUCCAAGUCUACAUGAUCAUUGUUGGCAAGGUACAGAGACGCGAUACUGAAUAUGACCUUGACGCAACUGACGCGAGAUCUAGGAAAUUAUACCCGACAGCGAAUAUGUAA